AGUGAAGAGAACGCACAGCCUGUGCUCGGACCCCUACAACGAACCUAGUACUUUUGUUUUCCCCAAUGGAUCCUGGAGCAUGUUUGCGUUGGAAGGGACUUUGAAUAAUGUUGCCUUAAUUUGGACACCUUCGAUUAGGAUUUUUACUGAAGUUUGGUCCAAACAACUUUGAAAAGUUGCAAAGAUGACUGUGACCUAAUCCGGACAGUGCAUUCAUCUUGUGGAGAAAGUAGCCCUACAGCCAGGCAUCGGGAGUUCAAGUCCUGUCCCCGCUUGUCCCGUGGGACCUCAAAGUGGUCGUGAUGGUGUGCCUUCUCCACUGCGUCCUACUCGGAUAUUUCACUUGGAAUCUGCGGAUAUCGGACGCACAGGGGGAGUACUGUCACGGCUGGUUGGACGCUAAUGGGAAUUAUCAUGACGGCUUCCAGUGCCCGGAGGACUUCGACACCACAGACGCCACUGUGUGCUGCGGGACCUGCUCCCUGCGCUACUGCUGCGCGGCCCCGGACGCACGGCUGGACCAGGGCAGCUGCACCAACGACAGGGAGACAGACAACACAGAGUUCGCUGCACAGCCGGUGUACGUGCCCUUCUUGAUGGUGGGCAGUAUCUUCAUCGCCUUCGUCAUAGUGGGGUCUCUGGUGGCCGUUUACUGCUGUACGUGCCUUCGGCCUAAGCAGCCCACGCAGCAGCCCAUCCGCUUCUCUCUGCGCAGCUGUCAGGGUGAGACCAUCCCCAUGAUCCUGACAACGGGGCCCCCCCUGCGAGCUCCAUCUCGCCAGUCCAGCACAGCCACCACCAGCUCCAGCUCGGCCGGAGGAGGCAGCUCCAUGCGCCGCUUCUCCCUGGGGGGUCAGGGCUCUCAGCAGCAGCACGGGUGUCUGGUUUCUGCCACAGUGUCCUCAUCAGCGUCAACCCCAACACAGACUCCACCUCCUCCACCCCCGUACACCUCCCCUCCGGCCCCUGUGCCCCCCAGCCUGCCCCCCAGUCACGCUCACCCCCCUCUGCAGCUGCACCAGCACACCCCCGGGUUCCUCUUGCCCCAGCAGUACUUCUUCCCCCUCCAGCCCGACACCUUCACUGUCGCCAAAGGCUUUGCCGACUUUGGGCAGAGCUGACAGAGCGCAGGCAUGUUACAAGACAAACAGCUACCUUGUGUGCCAGAACCCAAUCAAUCUGUCACGUGUUUCUGUCAAUCAAUCAGAGGUGGAAUAUUUAAAUUUACUUGACUUUCUCUCAUAUGAAAGCAAAUCUGAUAUGGUUAUUUUUGGUUAGCACUUGCUUUUGGUUCGGAAAAGAUCCCACUACUACAGGCCACAGAAACAAACACUGCUUAUUCAGUCUCUCAGUAAGUGCUCUUGUUCUUGUAAUAUUUUGAGUAGGGCUUAAGUCACGUCUGGAAAGUAUAUUUGAGUCUAUCCCAACAUCUCCCAUAUCUAACCAGCAUAGAUAACACUGCUAUCUUGCCAAUAUUUCGGUAUUGAUGGGUUUACAGAAACACCUUACUGGACCUUUUACCUGGUGACAGGGCUGGAGCAGAUGGAGGAGGACCUGAGGACCCAAAGUGUUUGUCUAAUGCACUUUUCCACCACACUGAAGCUCUCUGGAUCACCAUCAUCCAAGCACUCACUAAACAGUCCACAUGGAACAGUUACAUAUCAUAUAUUUUACCUUUUGAUAUCAGAUUUGGAGUUUUUGCCACUCCUGAGAAUAUGCCAUUAAAUGACAUUGUUACAUCAGGGAAUGAGUCUUUGACAAUCACACAUCUUUCUAAAGGGAGGAUGACUGCCACACAAUGGAAGAUAAAUGUGGACUUGGUUAACAUUGUACAGAGUGGGGUUGUCAGAAUGGUUCCCAAAAUUGAUGAAUAAAAUGUCUCUUUCUACUCUUGUGUGCUGUGGAGUAACACUAAACCGGAUGACAGGAGGUGGAAGUUAGUGUAUCCUGAAUGAAAGGAAACCGCACUCCGACUCUUUACCUGUCGCUGAGUCUUCUUGCGCCACAUUUCCCACCAGGAAUGUGGCGCUCAGAUCAGUCAUUGUAAGUGUUCAAUGAGCAUCUCAUGGUCACAGUGUUAAAAACAACUCAUCCCAGAAAUAGAGGUUUAGGUUGCACCAACAGGUAUCACCAAGCCUGGACAAAGAAUACUGUGUUUCCUGGUCAUUUAACUGUGAAAUAGUGCUGCCCAUCAGCACCUGGUCAGUCUUACACACAGUUGUGCCCUGUGGGGUUUAAAC